AUGUCUUCCAAGGAUGACGUUAAGAACGUUGCAAUUGUCGGAGCAAGCGGUUUAGUCGGUGGUGAGAUAACUAGAAGUCUUCUCGAACGUGGCACGUUCAAUAUCACCGCUAUCUCUCGGCAGGAGUCGACUGGUACCCUUCCGCCUGGUGUUACAGUGAAAAGGGGUGACUACACGUCCUCAAACUUUCUCGAAUCUGCAUUGGAAGGCCAGGAUGUCCUCAUCAUAACUUUGUCUGUAAUGGCCUCCCCGGACAUUCAAACCGGUUUCAUCCGGGCCGCCGCUAAAGUUGGGGUUCCAUGGAUUCUGCCCAAUGAAUAUGGAGGCGACGGAGCCAACGAAGAGCUGCUCAACGCGGUCCCAAUCCUCGCAUCGAAGACAAAGUAUCGAGAUCUGAUAGAAGAGCUAGGUACGAGCAGCUGGAUUGGCAUAGCAUGCAACCUUUGGAUUGACUAUGGGUUGAAGGGAGGGUGGUUCAGCAUCGACAUACCAUCCCGCAAGGCCACUCUUUACGAUGACGGCACAAACCCCAUUGUAACCACCAGUCUUCCCCAAGUCGGCCGAGCCGUUGCACGGUUGCUCAGUCUGCCUGUGUACUCGUCUUCCUCGCCCUCUCUUUCCGACUACAAGAACCAGUUCGCUUACACCAGGUCCUUCUCCGUCAGCCAAACUGACAUGCUUUCCGCCGUGCAGCGUGCUACCAGCACGAAACCGGAGGACUGGGAAAUCACCAGAAUGCCGGUGGACGAGUACAUCAAGGCGGGACCGGAACUGCUCGCCAAAGGAGACAGAAUGGGUAUGUUGAAUAUCUUGUACGGGUCUCAUUUCAAAAAGGGGCUCGGAGAUCAAUAUUACGGUAGGGAGUCAGCGAAUGAAAAGCUCGGCCUAGAGGAUGAGGAUUUAGAUGAGGUUGUGGAGAGAGUGGUCAAGGAGAUGGAGCGCAAGUAG